CUUUGGUAUUUGACUACUGUUUCCUAACAAGUGUAUGUCACAUAAUUUUGAAAGGAUAGUGAUGUUCAUUUCAAGUGGUAGUUGGUCUUCUCCAAAAAUCUGGCAGAACCAACUCCACCACUUUUCCCUUCUAAACUUACAAAUACUCCAAAAUUCUAAAUUGGGGUCCAAUGAUUGAAGAUGAGGUAUGGGAGCAAUGGCUAGACUAGCAAGUCUAUACGCACUGCGAGUAUGAUUUAAAUGGCAAUCCAAAAAUCGGGUAUCUAUGUCCUGCAGCCUUUUAAAUAUAAGGAUGAGACUUUUAUAUGAGAGAAGCUUUGCCCAAUAUAUUCGGAAUUUUAAAAAAUAUUUUUGUUCAUACUACCUAUUUACAAAACUUCAAUACUUGUUAUAUUAUGUCUGUAUAAGAAUUAUAUACUUAUGCUGUAUGUGUGUGAAUUAUAUAUCAGAAAAUAUAUAUAUAUAUAUAUAUCAAUAUUGGAAUUUAGACAGAAGAUAGUUGAUUUUAUGAGACUUGGCUAAUUAUCCGAUUGAGUUGAUGAUAAACGAAAACUAAGGGGUGGACGAGAAAUGUUUUGGAGAAAAGAUAAAAAAAUCUAUCCCAAUAUCUCAGAAAUAAAUAUCCAACAAACUUAAUAAAGUUUAGGAGGAAAUGCACUCAAAAUAUCCACACACCAGCCUUUAAAAGCAUUUGUAACUCUUUAAGUUUUCAGUCAAAAAAUUAACAGAUAAAAGUUAUAUAUAACAGAAGAAUCUCAAAGUCAUUUAUUGGAUUGUGUCUAAAAGAUGGGGAAUACACAAAACCUCCACCUUUUUCUUCUUCUUGGUUUCCUUUUUUUCUUUAUCUCAGCUGUGUUAUCAUCUCAAGUUUAUAGUUUUUCCAGUGAGUUCCCAGAAUUGGACAGGCCACAAGAGUUGCUCUCAGAAGAAAGAGUUUUCCAGCUUUUCCAAGACUGGAAACAGAAGCAUGGUAAAAUUUACAACGAUGAGAAAGAGGAAGAAAUGAGGUUGGAGAAUUUUAAAAGGAAUGUGAAGUAUAUAGUGGAGAAGAACUCAAAGAGGAAGUCAGAAUCAGACCAUUUAAUUGGUUUGAACAAUUUUGCUGAUAUGAGCAAUGAGGAAUUUAGGCAAGUCCAUACUUCAAAGAUUAAGAUGCCUUUCAACAAGAAGAACAAGACCAUUUCUGCAAAUUCUUGUGAUGCUCCUCCUUCUAAGGAUUGGAGGAAACACGGGGUUGUCACUGAGGUUAAGAACCAAGGAGAAUGCGGAUGUUGUUGGGCAUUUUCGGCGUGUGGAGCCAUAGAAGGAAUAAAUGCAUUAGUCACUGGUGAACUUAUUAGCCUUUCAACUCAAGAACUUGUCAACUGUGACACUUCCAAUAAAGGCUGUGAAGGUGGACUUAUGGACCCUGCUUUUAAAUUUGUGAUCAACAAUGGUGGCAUUGAUUCAGCUUCUGAUUAUCCAUACACCGAGUCUCGAGGCACUUGCCAUUACAACAAGUUGAACAAGAAGGCUGUGACAAUUGAUGGAUACCAAGAUGUUGCUCAAGAAGAAAGUGCCCUACUUUGUGCUGUUGCUAGACAACCUGUUAGUGUAGGCAUAGACGGAAAAAGCCUUGAUUUUCAACUAUAUGCAGGGGGAAUCUAUGAUGGAGAAUGCUCUAAUAAUCCAGAUGAAUUAUCCCAUGCAGUACUAAUUGUAGGAUAUGGUUCUGACGGAGGGGUUGACUAUUGGAUUAUGAAGAAUUCAUGGGGAAAAUCUUGGGGCAUGGAGGGGUAUGCAUAUAUAAAGAGGAACACUAAUUUGCCAUAUGGGGCUUGUGCUAUUAAUUCAUUAGCUUCAUAUCCAACGAAAGAAUCGUCUUCCUCUCCACCAUCCCCUCCGGUUCCUCCACCACCUUCUCCAAAACCAAAUGUAUGUGAAGACGGCUUAUAUUACUGUCCAGAAGGUCAAACAUGCUGCUGCGGGUUAGAUUUCUAUGGUAUGUGCUUAGUUCACGGAUGCUGUCCUAUUGAAAAUGGUGUUUGCUGUGAGGGAUCAAAAUUAUGCUGCCCACAAGACUUUCCAUAUUGUGAUGUUUUAGAAGGCCUCUGCCACAAGGACUAUGGAGAUAAAAUUGGAGUUGCUGCAAUGAAGAGAAGAAUGGCCAAGUUCAAGCUACCAUGGAGUAGUGGUACUAAGGGAAUAGAAGGGAUGGACCAAACUCUUCUAUGGAAGAGAAAUCAGUUUGCAGCAAUGCGCUGAAAGAACUUGCUGCAUUGCGCUGAAAGAACUUAACUACUGUUAUUAUAUAAUAACUUUUAUCAUCCCUGUCUGGUUCUUGCUACCAAGUAAAGAUUGUAGAAAAAUAUAUAAAAUUCAAAAGAAAAAAUGUAAAUAAAUCCUUUGAUUAUCUAUAUAUAUUGUGGUUUAUGUGUA